AUGCAUCCUAUAGUCUCAAAGGAAACAGAACCAUGCGAUGAUUUCAUGCUAUGUGUAACACCGCCAUCAAAGAAGGCUUUGAACGCCAUGAAGGAAUUCUCCCAAUCUUGCCAAGGCAUGAUUUUCUCCGAUAAAUGCCGUACGGAGGUGGAAGCAUCACCGUCCUUAUGGAUGUCACCAAUAAUCUCACCACGAUGGGGCACUGCCGGAAGCCGUGAAGAGGUGCCGGAAGCCGUGAAGAGGUGCCGGAAGCCGUGA